AUGCACCCUUCGCGUGUCGGCUGUGUUGUGGAAGCACUCACCUCGCCGCCGCGCUUCCUCCCGCUGAGGGGCGCAUGUCGGCUGCCUCCGCCAGCCGUGCACGCCCCGAGCCCGCUGGCGCCGUCACCGCCGCCCCGCACACGCCCACGCGCCGCCCCGUCGCCGCCGCUCCCCGCGAGCCGGCAUCCAGCCGCCCGUCCGGCCCUCCGAGCGCUGUGCUGCGCACCAGUGCAUGAUCACGCUCCCUGCGGACACACCAAAAACACUGCAGGGAUGUCCCCCUCCCGGUGGAUUCACUUGCUGUCUGAAGGAACAGCCGAGUCCCGAUACACCAGGCCCAUGCGGAUAGGUAGAGAUACUCAAGCUGGCCAUCUGCUACAUCGCCUACCUCAACCACGUGCUGGACGUGUGAACGUGCAGCUUCCGCAAACAGAUCGAGGAAAGUCAUUGUAGCAAUGCCAGCUAUCUACACUCCCCGGCGAGUGGUUAAACUUCAUCUAGUCUAUUCAUCGUGUAUAUCUCCGUGUGUAUAUGUGUAUGUAUGAUCGCUUGUGAAUAAAAUCGCAAUUUUAUCGAAUA